CUGAAUAAAUGACACAUCACUUUUCUGGAAACAGCAAUUGACUUUGUAGCUGUUCACUCAGUGAGAAGAGCAAUAAUGGACAGGGACACAUGGAGAGAAAUAUUUGAGAAUGAUUUAGAAAACAGAGGGGUCUUUGAUGUGUGGAACUUCUCUGUGGAUGAACAUUACCAGGAACGGAUGGGCUGGCAGCAGUAUGUACAAUGUUGUUAUGCCAGGUUUUAUUGCUCAAUCUGUGGUCGCUCCUGGGUUUCUUCAAAGGUUCACAUUUUAUUCCACAUGAAACUGAAAAGACGAACCGGGCAGGCGAGGAUGCAUGUUUUCAAGCAAAAGUGCAAAAUGUGCACAGCGGCCAAGUAUGAGGAGCCUACUUUCCUGGUAGAGAACAUUGAGAUAGCUAUAGGCAAUUUGGUUAAUAAAAUAGCCCAGAAAUUUUACAACUUGCCUAUAGCUAAUUUGCCACGGAACUUUGUGACAGAUGCCAGGCACGAUGGUCCUCAUGAUUACAACAACUGCGAGGGCUGUGCAUUGGGGAUUUGUAAAUGCGACACAGACAUCCAAUAUUCUGACAAACGGCACAUUUUACCGAAGAGAACAAAUCAAGGAAGUCAACAGAAGAAGAAAAGAUUUCCUCUCCCUAACACGUACGCUCAUCAUCAAAGUUUAUUGCAACCUCUGAGAUCAGCCUAUUCGGAUAGGGAAGAAACGGGAGUGGGAGAGAGCUCACAUUACAUUGUUAACAUACCAUCGGAUGAGCAAAUUGACUCAUCAGGACCCUGUUGUAUAAUACUGUAAAUGUGUAAAGAAAUCACUGCACAAUAGUAACACACAAAAAUGAUAAACUUCACCAAAACAGAACGGCUUUUCAGCAAAACAGAAUAGCAAAAAAUCAUCUUUGAUUUAGGCAAAUACAUUAAUAUUCUCGCAAUUGACCUUACUUUCAUUUAUCUUAUACCAUUUCAUGAUGCUUUAUCUGUAGCCUAUAAUAAUAGAUAAAACUGACCAAAGCAAAUAUUUUAGUUUUUAUAAAUGAUGAGUCUAGUCACCUGCUUUUCUAUCAUUUGCUGCAAUAUAAAAAUGAUUCAACAGUCAAGAAGUGUCUGCAGGAAUUGUGCAGGUCUUGCAGUUCAUGGUUAGUUAAUAAAGUCUUUGAAAUAUUAA